GGUCAAAUGGCGCCAUAAUCCGGCACCCCAACCCAACCUCCUUCCCCUUGUUUCCACCUGACUUUUGUUUUCUUCCCAUUUUGGUUCCUAUUCCUCCACAUAAUCUAGAAAAGUGCGACUGUUCUCCAUUCUUCUCCAUCAUCUCCUCCCCAUUCUCAGAUCUCGAAAAAUCCCCACUACCCCGAAGCCAAACCCCAUUUCUCCACCCAACCCAUUUCUCCAAACAGGCCAAAGAUUCAAGCUUUGGUUCCUGUUUGAGAGGAAAACAGAGAAAGAGCCAUCUGAACUUGAAAAUCCCCUUUGUGGCAGUGGUGGGAAGUAAACUACUCAUUAGUAGCUACAGUUGCAGUAGAUGUGGCUCAUGUGAGAUGAAGAAGAGGAAUACCACUUUCUUCUUCCUUCUUCUUCUAAUUACCCUUUCCCUCCUUCCUUCUCUUUCCCUUUCUGAUGAAGUAGCAGCAGAGCUCCCACCGGCCAUUUCCAGCCGCGAAACCCUAACUCAAGCCGAGGUCUCCUACCUCCGCCGGCGGCAGCUUCUGUACUACAAGGACGAGGCCGGCGACCGCGGGGAGAACGUCACCAUCCCACCCGGCUUCGUCUUCGAGAACUCGCGCCUCCGCGAUGCCUACAUCGCAUUGCAGGCGUGGAAGCAGGCGAUUAUCUCCGACCCGUUCAAUGUCACCGGAAAUUGGACCGGCCCAGAUGUUUGUACCUACGAGGGGGUGUUCUGCGCUCCGGCGCCGGACAACAAGACCAUCCGGACCGUCGCUGGCAUCGACCUCAACCACGCCGAUAUCGCCGGUUACCUGCCGGAGGAGCUCGGGUUGCUGCGAGAUCUAGCGAUUUUCCACAUCAAUUCGAAUCGGUUCUGCGGUAUGGUGCCUCGGACUUUCAAGAACUGGAAGCGGCUCUACGAGCUGGAUCUUAGCAACAACAGAUUCGCCGGCCCUUUCCCCAAUGUCACUCUAUUGAUGCCCAAAUUGAAGUUCUUGGAUCUCCGAUUCAACGAAUUCGAAGGCACCGUCCCCAAAGAUCUCUUCGAUAAGGAUCUGGAUGCGAUUUUCAUCAACCACAAUCGAUUCCGCUUCGAGCUGCCGGACAAUUUUGGGAACUCCCCUGUUUCCGUCAUCGUGCUGGCGAACAACAAUUUCCACGGCUGCGUUCCGGCGAGCUUGGGGAACAUGACGAAUUUGGAAGAGAUCAUCAUGAUGAACAAUGGCUUCCGGUCCUGCUUGCCGCCGGAGAUCGGGCGGCUGAGGAAUGCGACGGUGUUCGAUGUCAGCUUUAACCGGCUGAUGGGUCCGUUGCCGGAUACGAUUGGAGGGAUGGUGAGCUUGGAGCAGCUGAAUGUGGCGCACAAUUUGUUGUCGGGCCCGAUUCCGGGGGCAAUUUGUCAGCUGCCGAGGUUGCAGAAUUUCACUUACUCUGAUAAUUUCUUCACCGGAGAGCCGCCGCAGUGUUUAGCCUUGCCAGCGUUUGAUGACAGGAGGAAUUGUCUGCCGAAUCGGCCGGCGCAGAGGGCGCCUGGGCAAUGCCAGGCGGUUUUGUCGAAGCCGGUGAGGUGUAGUGCUUUUAGAUGUGCUCCUUUUGUUCCUCCUCUGCCGCCUCCGUCGCCUCCUCCGCCACCUGUUGUUCUCCCGUCACCACCGCCUGUGUAUUCGCCUCCACCUCCGGUUUACUCUCCUCCACCGCCGCCACCACCAGUCUACUCGCCUCCUCCGCCAGUAUACUCGCCUCCACCGCCAGUCUACUCUCCUCCACCGCCGUCGCCGCCACCACCGGUUUACUCUCCACCGCCUCCUCCUCCAUCACCACCACCGCCGUCACCGCCACCACCGGUUUACUCUCCACCGCCGCCGGUUUACUCUCCACCACCUCCUCCUCCUUCACCUCCACCACCGUCUCCGCCGCCACCAUCUCCAUCGCCGCCGCCACCAUCGCCACCGCCGCCUUCCCCAUCCCCAUUACCUCCAUGUACCCGUCCCCCACCACCUCCACCACCAAAUUCACCACCGCCGCCGCCGCCUCCACUCUUCUCCCCACCACCACCGCCAACGCCAAACCCUUACUACAGCAGCCCGCCACCGCCUUCCCCAUCCCCUCCACCCCCAAAUUCCCCUCCUCCACCAUCUCCGCCGCCUCCCUUUUACCCCUACCUAUCCCCUCCGCCUCCUCCGCCACCGGUCUACCUUCCCCCACCACCUCCCCCAUCUUCCCCUCCUCCCCCGCCGCCAUGUAUAGAACCUCCUCCACCUCCACCUCCAUGUGUGGAAAAUCCACCACCAGCAAUGCCACCGUACAAACCACCACCGUCUCCAUCCCCACCGCCACCGCCAAUCCACCACCCAUCCCCACCACCGUCGCCAAUCUUUUACCCAUCCCCUCCUCCACCGUCGCCAUCACCUCCCCCGCCAAAAUUACACAAGAGCCCGCCUCCACCGCCGGAAUACAUGGGGCCAUUGCCGCCAGUAGUAGGAAUCCCAUACUCAUCCCCUCCACCACCGCCUUACUAUUGAUUCUUUUGAGAAUCCCCUCUUUCUAACCCUUAUUAUCACAAAACCACAAAAAAAAAUUUUUGGGACUUUCGUUUCAGCAUCAACAACUACAAGAACAGCAUUCUUCUUCUUCUUCUCUUCUAUUAUUACUCUUUUUGUGGGGGGCAAUUCUCGUGCUUCAGUUUGAGAGAUGGAAAUAAAGAAGUAAACUUUCAGGUAUCAUCAUCAACAAAGGGUUACAGACAGAGUUCCAAGUUUCUCCUCCGGCGACAAAAAUGGCGCAAUCAAUCUUCAGCUUCAUUACUAUAUGAUGUCUAGAUAUCAUAUUCAUACUAGUAAGAUGGGGAAAUAUUCUCAAUAGAUUUAUUCGAAUUGUUCGUACCAAAUUGAGUCCUAAAGAAGAAUAAUAAGGUAUUUUCAGAGAGAGUUAGAGAAAAACUUGCAGUGGGGAAAGUUUGUAUGUAUAGAAGGGUGGGCGUGGGGGAUUGGGAUGCAGAGACACCAUGAUCAGGGAAAAGAGAUCUACAGCUGCUGGGAUGGCAUUUUCAAUGUUUCCUUUUUAUUUUCUUAUUUAUAUCAUACUUCUUCUUGGUUUUAUUUUGCUUCUCUUAUUGUUGGCCAAUUCUUAUCAUAUAUAGAUCAUGAUGAACCAUUUUUACUUGUAUUUUGAUUGUUCUCCUGAUUUCAGGUGUCAAUUCAAUCUUCUUCUAUCUGCUUGGUUUUCUGGUAUGGUGUUCUUGGUCUUGUAUAUAUGUUGGUAGAAAUAAUGCCAUGUUCUUCCA